AAUUCGGGCUCGUGAUUGGUUGUUCAUCUUUUGCGUUAAAGAGAAAAUAUCUCUUUGCUCGGAGUUGCUGUUGAGGCUGUGUAGUGAAUGUCAAUGGAGGAAUUGGAGUGCUAAAGUUAAACUUCCCGAAGGAUGUCUGUGGAGACGGAGUCAUUGCUGCAGGAGGUGAAGGAGUGUAUAGAAGCAGCUCAGAACUACAGGAGUGAACUGCAGCAGAGACUACAGGGACUGAGCCAGGCACGCAAACAGGUGCGAGGAAGCUCCACUCACACUCGCGAGGUUCUGAAACGACAUUUUCAGGAGCUCCAGACGACACUGAGCCGUUUGCUCAAUGAGCGACUGAACACACUCCUACAGGAAGUGGAUACCAUCGAGCAGGACAGCAUCAGUCCACUAGAUGACUGCCAGAAACUCAUCGAACAUGGCGUCAAAAUGGCUGAUGAGCUCUUGCGUGAAGGCGAAGCUGCGAUACGCUGCGGGAUCAGUGACCGAGAGGACAAACUGUGCAGCUUCGCAAAGAAAGCUCUUCACAUCCAACUGGACAGCCUCCCCGAGGUGCCGGCGCUGGUGGACGUUCCGUGUGUGUCGGCGCAGUUGGACGACUCGUUGCUGUGUGUGAUGCAGGAGCGAGUGGCGCGUCACGGGAGUGUGUCGUCACAUCCGCCUGUACAGAUAGAGGAGCUGGUUGAGAGAGCGGGAGGUGUGUUGGUGCGCUGGAGCAAGGUAGAUGAGGAUUUCUUCCCUCAGGAGUACAGACUGCAGUACAGACGCAGUAGCUCCACUCACUACGAGGACGCCUACAUCGGGAGCGAGUGUGAGUUUCUGCUGCUACACCUGGACCCUCACACAGAUUACCUGUUCCGAGUGUGUGCGCGCGGCGAGGGACGCACUGAGUGGAGCCCAUGGAGCAUCCCACAGACCGGAUACACAACACUCACAGCGCACGAGUGGAGUGCUGGGGUGGACGGCUACAUUCUGAGCAGCAGGAGGAACAUGGCCCUGCGCAGUGACUCGUCUUCGUCAGGCUGCGCGUCCGUGCUUUACUCCAACUCACCCUCGUACUUCUGCGGACAAACGCUCACCUUCAAGAUUACAGCAGCCGGGCAGAUGGAUAAGCGUGACAGUGUGGGUGUGUGUGUGGAUAAACGCAGUGAAUCAGAAUCUCUGCAGAGGGACCAGGCUGUCUGUAUCUCUACUAACGGUGCUGUGUUUGUUAACGGGAAAGAAAUGACCAAUCAGCUUCCCGCCGUCACCAUCGGCUCAGCCAUCACCUUCGACAUGGAAGUGGUCAGCGUUUUUCCCGCUAAUAACAACCCAAGUGAUGUGAGCAGCUUCAAGCUGCGGGUUACGAUUGGUUCGGGGAACAGGGAGGUGGUUUUUGAUUGGCUGCUCGACCAAGUCAUGGACUGCCUCUUCUUCGGCUGUUCCUUCACACACCCGGGGUGGAAAGUGCUGGUUUUCUGAUGCUGCACUCCCUGUUUUGCUGAUGUGCUUCGUUAUAUUUGUCCCUUGAUGUCAAAGCUGUUUACAGUGUUUACUCACACAUACAAUUUAUCACAAAGUAGAGUUGUUUUUACAUUGCUGCAUUGCUGUCCAGCACAUAGCCACCAUGCUAAAUUUUGGACCCCCACUUUUUUUUUUUUUUUUUUUUUUAAAAACCCUGUUAGAGUCCUGCAUCCACUAUUUUAUUGUAACACCAAGCACAUGAUUUAUUUAAGUUUUUUUUAACCAUGUAUUUGUUGGGGUACUGGGUGACCUAUAGGAGUGAAGCUUGACUGAGUUGUAACAUUGAGUGGUUCGUCAAUACCAGGAACGUAAAGAAAGUUCUUGCCAGGUUAACUUGUAAGAACAAACUCAGAAGAACACAAGAACAAUGAGAGAUGUGCUGUGUACUUGCCUUUAUUGUAAAUGCUAACAUCUUUCAGCUUUAAGAUUUAAACAUUAAUGAGCCAACAGCUAAUGUUUUACUUGUGAUACAGAAAAGAUACAUGCACUGACGACCCUAACGUGACAAACUCGCUAAAGUCAGCACAAGAUGUGAUUGCUAGCUAGCUGUCCUAGCUAACCAGAGCCUCCUUCUUACGAAUUUGAUAUGAUGACCUUUCCCUUGCCAAGCUGGUCAGCAGUGACAUCACAUAUACUGUAUCACUCCCAUGGUUACCUACACUGUUUACACAGCUGACAUGUAUGGGUUGAUGUCCCCUAGGAAGCUCAUUUUCAACAGAGCUCCGCUCAGAUUACAAAACAAAAACAAAAACGUUAGAAUAAGUUAUAAACAUCCAGCAGUCUAGCUAGCUUCACUGAUCAAAACAAAAGGGUCUGUAUAUGCCUUAUGCUUAUCCAAAGAUAUAACCAGUUUGCUAAUUUUGAUCAGGAAUACUCAUUCGCUGUUUAAAAAAUAAAUCCAUUUAAAUCUACAAAAGAACAUUAACGUAGACAAGAAUGCAUAGACGCAUAUUAAGAAACAGUCCUAAAGAGAAGUACGACUAAAGAAAAGAAUAAUAAGGACUUUAUUCCGAUUAUCCAAAUAAGAUUUACAGGUGAAAUGAAUUAUUUUCGACCAUUAUGGUUUGUGCCUAAAAAGAGUCAACGUUUGCACUCUCCUCAUAGUAACAGGUGUGUUUGAGGUUUUUAUAGAUAUAGUAUGUGCAGCCGUGAGUUGCAAAGCAUGCUGGUUUACCACACAAGCUCAGAUGCAGAUCUUUGAGGUUGCUUCCUUCGUUCUCACUCUCACUCUCUCGCUCUCUCUCUCUCGUGAGCUUCUGAAGUAAUAAUGAUUUUCUCUCCAUGCUAAUGCUAAUCUCUGGGAUCUGGACUGAAAUGAAACUGGUGCAAAACAAAUGUGAAUGUCGUGCAUACAUUUAGCAACCUCAAUUUUGAUUGAUUUAUGAGAAAAAUUGUUCUCUUUUACAUAGUGACAUUCUUGAUUAGUGGUGAUGGCUACUGUAAAUUAUUACAUUUUUGAAAAAAAAAAAAACAGCAACAAAGUUUACCCUGACUACUUAGUACAAUUAUCUACUGUCCAAAAAUGAAAUGAACAAACUUGCUAAAUUACAAGCUUACUUACUUGCUAGAUGAGAAAAGUAGUGCAAUUCUAUCAGUUGUCAUUUAUAGAAUGAGAAGUCGGAAGAAUAAAAUCCAGUUUGGACACAGAUCAACACUAGUCAGUGAGUCAAUAUUGGAAAAAAAAUUGUUCAGUUAUUUAAAAACUUAUAAAAGGUACUUAGCUAUUAUAAUGCUGUUGAACACGUAACCUGACACGUAGCGCCGCUUAUCAAACUGUGACGGUUCAGUGAAUUUGUAUCUUCUUUGUACCUCAUUUGUGUUUGUGCCUUCUGAAAACAUCUGUUAGAGCGCAGCAGAAUAUUUGCCAAGAAUUAAUAAACAAUUCAAUUCUA